AUGUUUAUUCACGAGCUACACGUGGUUUUGUUCCACGGUAAAAGCUGGAGGAGAGAGCCCCGCACAGCGAGAGGCUUCCAGAGCAGCAUCAUGUCUCUGUACCGCAACUCCGCCUGGUUCCUGAAGGGAGUGACCGAGUUCACCAGGAAUGCCUUCUUGUCAGCCUCCAAGCGGUUUGUGGAGAAGGACCUGGAGGUGUCCGUGGCUGGACGCUCCUUUAUGAUAACAGGAGCUAACAGUGGUAUUGGAAAAGCCACUGCCAUGGCCAUCGCUAAGAGAGGUGGAACGAUCCACAUGGUCUGCAGGAAUAAGGACAAAGCUGAGGAGGCAAGGGCCGAUAUUGUCAAGGAGACUGGAAACAAAGAAGUCUAUGUUCAUAUCCUGGACCUGUCUGAGACCAAGAAGGUCUGGGAGUUUGCUGAGGGCUUUAAGAGGAAGUACAAGUCUCUCAACGUACUGAUUAAUAAUGCCGGCGCCAUCAUGAGUCAGAGGGAUUUGAACGCUGAGGGGCUUGAGAAAAGCUUUGCUAUUAACGUCCUGGGGGUUUACAUUCUCACCAAGAGUCUCGUUCCAUUGCUGGAGAAGAGUACCGACCCCAGAGUGAUCACCGUGUCAUCAGGAGGAAUGUUGGUGCAGAAGCUCAGGACAGGAAACCUGCAGUCAGAGAGAGGCCGCUACGACGGCACCAUGGUCUACGCCCAGCACAAAAGGCAGCAGGUGGUGAUGACAGAGCAGCUGGCAAAGACUCACACUAGCAUCCACUUCUCCGUCAUGCAUCCCGGCUGGGUGGACACUCCAGCGGUGUCCAAUGCUAUGCCAGACUUUCAUCGAUCCAUGAAGGACAGCCUGCGGACCCCGGAGCAAGGUGCCGACACAGUGGUGUGGCUGGCUGUCUCUGAGGCCGCUACCAAAACCCCCAGUGGAUGCUUCUAUCAGGACCGGAAGAUGGUAUCCACCCACCUGCCUUUGGCCUGGACCCACAGCUCCCCUCUGGAAGAACAAAAGUUAAUGUCUGUACUGGAGGACUUAGCCAAGACGUUUCAGCCACACUGAGUCAGCAGGAGACGAGUACAACACUAACGCCACCAGUUUAUACUGACUGAGGCUGGGAUCAGAUUUCAUUUUAAAAAAUGCCCCAGGUGAGAGAGUGAAAAUAGAUCUUUGAAGAUCAUUUUAAGUGGCAGCACCAUCUGUGGUCACCGGUUUAAAGUGGGCGUGUUAAGAUGUGUUUGGGAAACCCAGCCUUGUAAUGCCAAACUAAAGUCACUGUUAAUUAAGGGAUUAGCAAGAUUUAUAUUGCUUUAUUACUAACUACAUAAAUAGGUUUUUUUUUAUGUUUUUUGAGACUUUAUGUGGACUAAAUACUUUAUUGUAUGUUUGAUAGUGAUGCUGCCUUUAGGUGAGUUAUUGAGCUGAUAGGGAGAUCCCUCAUAAAGCACAAACAGCACAGCCGGUCUCCGUGACUUUAUUAAAGUUGUCAGUCAGAUGGGAAUCUGAUGUGACCAAAGUCACGCACACACACACACCAGCCAUGGGGUCAGUGUCAUGCUUGUGUUUUGAUGACUUACAAACGUAAGCGAUGUGUGUUUAAAAGCUCUGUAAGUAACCUGUGUAUUUGCUUUCUUGUGGUGUAGUUAUUGUUCUGUGCAGGCUGAAGCCCAGACUGGUACACGUGUUGUUCUCUUUAUGAGCUUAAAUACACAAGGCAGCAGCAUCACUUGACAUGUGCAAUAAAAUGAGAUUUAUGACUCUGUGAUAUCUGCCCAGCACCUUUAAAACAGCCUUUUACUGACUGUGAAUUCACUGGAGUUUACCUUGUAAAUGCUUGCUUGAAUAAAGAGUACAGUACUGCU